CAUAAAGGACAAGCCUUGCAGCUAAUCUGAACAGCGGGUGGCUAGCACCAAGGUGUGGAUGCCCUGGUGUCACUUCUUUUCAAGAUAGCUUGUAAACAAAAGUCACUGGAGCUGUGCCCUCUGACAAUGUCUUCCAUUAAGAUCGAGUGUGUUUUGCCCGAGAACUGCCGCUGUGGCGAGUCUCCAGUAUGGGAGGAAGCAUCCGGCUCUCUGCUCUUCGUAGAUAUCCCUGGAAAAAAGUUUUGCCGGUGGAAUCCACUCACCAAGGCAGUGCAGCGAAUGACCAUGGAUGCCCCAGUUACCUCGGUGGCCCUGCGCAAGUCAGGAGGCUACGUUGCCACCGUGGGAACAAAGUUCUGCGCUUUGAACUUGGAAGAUCAAUCAGUAGUUGCCCUGGCCACAGUGGAUAAAGACAAGAAAAACAAUCGAUUCAAUGAUGGGAAGGUGGAUCCCGCAGGAAGAUACUUUGCUGGCACCAUGGCUGAGGAGACAGCCCCAGCAGUUCUUGAGCGGCACCAAGGGUCCCUAUACGCCCUGUUCCCUGACCACCAGGUGAAAAAGUACUUUGAUCAAGUAGACAUCUCCAAUGGUUUGGAUUGGUCCCUGGACCACAAAAUCUUCUACUACAUUGACAGCCUGGCCUACUCUGUGGAUGCCUUUGACUACGACCUGCAGACAGCACAGAUCUCCAACCGCCGAAGUAUUUACAAGCUGGAGAAAGAAGAACAAAUCCCAGAUGGAAUGUGUAUCGAUACUGAAGGGAAGCUUUGGGUGGCCUGUUACAAUGGAGGAAGAGUGAUUCGCUUAGAUCCUGAAACAGGGAAAAGACUCCAAACUGUGAAGCUGCCUGUUGACAAAACAACUUCGUGCUGCUUUGGAGGGAAAGACUACUCUGAAAUGUACGUGACCUGUGCCCGGGAUGGGCUAGACCCCGACAGUCUUUCAAGGCAACCUGAAGCUGGUGGAAUUUUCAAGAUAACUGGCCUGGGGGUCAAAGGAAUUCCUCCCUACGCCUAUGCGGGCUGAAUAAUAGGUGUUCUUUCCUGCCAGAGAAAGCUUUGGAAACAACAAAGGAAUUCUGGGGCCAAAAUUUCAAUCAGUCAGAAAAAGGAAUCAAUGAUUUUGUUAACCAGGUUGCAGUUCCAUUUAAUUUUUAACAAAGAAUGAUAACAUACCCCUUGAUAAUACACUGUAAGACCUUUUGUAAAAUGUGCUAUAGAACUGCAAGCCUCUUGAUUCUCUGAAAAUUGGUUGGGAUCGAGAGGGAGUGAGGAAUGGGAUGAUAUCUGUUCUUUCUUCUGCAAUCCAUAUUCAACAUUCCUAAAGCUUCAAGAAAAAAAAAAACGAAUAAAUAGAAACCUGGUAACGGCGGUACAAUUAUGUUCCUUUUAAUUUUCAUUGUAAUCUUAUAAAAUAUACCACAAUGCUAACCCA